GGGCUUGGCCGCUGACGCGAGAACACGCAUGUGUCACGCGAUAGACAUUUUUUUGUACAAAACAUGUCGAAGUGCCUAAGGACAGAAUUUAGUGGAAUCUUUUUAAUAGUCUAAAUGAAACUUAUGGUGUAUUAUUUUUGUGAUAAACCUAUAGUGUUACUGAAACAUACUCUUUAUAAGUGUUUCCAUAGGUAAUGUCAGUUGAAUGUAGCUAACCUGUGGACAUUGUGAUAAAUCAAUAUUUAGUAGCUACAUUUUAUUUAAUAUUAUUUACAUUUUAUGUAAUAAAAAUAAUAUUUCAAGCCUAAUGAAAAAAAUACGUUUUUUACCUUUUGAGAAAAUUUCAAGUAGAUAGACAGUUUAGUAACUACGUUAUAAGGUGAUCAUCUGUGAAGAAAUACAUCAGUGAUGGUGAUGGCUAGUGGCGGUGGUGGUGGGCUGGUGCAGUCCCCACCCGACAUGAUGCAUCACCACAACAUCAUGGAUACUUCGUCACACGUGGAAAUGAUGCCCAAAAAACUCCGGCUAUCUCUGUGCGUGGGGUGCGGCGGCCAGAUCCACGACCAGUACAUCCUGAGGGUGGCCCCGGACCUGGAGUGGCACGCCGCCUGCCUCAAGUGCCAGGAGUGCCGCCAGUUCCUCGACGAGUCCUGCACCUGCUUCGUCAGGGACGGCAAGACGUACUGCAAGAGAGAUUAUACUAGGUUAUUCGGCACUAAAUGUGACAAAUGUGGCGCGUCCUUCAGCAAAAACGACUUCGUGAUGAGAGCCAAGACGAAAAUCUACCACAUCGACUGUUUUCGGUGUUGUGCCUGCGCAAGACAACUCAUACCAGGUGAUGAAUUUGCGUUGAGAGAAGGCGGAGCGUUAUACUGUAGAGAAGAUCACGAUGUUUUAGAAAAGACCGCGAAUACAAGUGGGAGCAGCGGGAACGCCGAGAGCAAUAACAACACAACACUAAGCAAUAACAACUCGCAUCAUCCACAUGAACUUGGUUCUAUGUCUGAUUCGGGAAGUGAGUCCGGCUCGCAUAAAAGUGGACGUGCGCGUACUACGGCAGCAGCUGACGGAAAACCAACCAGAGUUCGCACCGUCCUCAAUGAGAAGCAACUCCAUACGCUUAGAACAUGUUACGCAGCAAAUCCUCGGCCAGAUGCGCUGAUGAAGGAACAGCUUGUAGAGAUGACCGGCCUCAGUCCCAGGGUUAUCAGGGUUUGGUUCCAGAACAAACGGUGCAAAGACAAGAAGAAAACCAUGCAAUUGAAGAUGCAGAUGCAGCAGGAGAAGGUGGAAGGCCGACGCAUGGGCUACAUGUCGAUGGGCGUGCCGCUAGUGGCGGGCUCGCCCGUGCGGCACGAGGCGGCCGGCUCGCUGGCGCUGGAGGUGACGGCCUACCAGCCGCCCUGGAAGGCGCUCUCCGACUUCGCGCUGCACGCCGACCUCGACCGCGCGCCGCACCACAGCGCUGCCUUCCAGCAGCUCGUUAAUCAGAUGCACGGCUACGACGUGCCGUCGCUGCCGCCGCCGCGCGCGCCGCACGGCGCCGAGGACAACUACGUCACCUACCUCGAGAGCGACGACAGUCUCCCGCCGUCGCCCUAGUGUCGUCUCUCCUAAAGUAUCCACGAAGUGGAACGAAAGACUUAUCUGUGGCAACCACGAUACACAGUGCGAGUAGAAUUCACGUAUCAGUCGCUUAAGGUUUUUUACGAAUCUUGUCCAUACUGUACUUACUUACAAGUUAAUUAAUAAGCUUGAUGCCAAGAUAAACUUUGCGUAGGAGUAGUGAAUAUUCCUAUGAAAAGUUUGUACUUGCACAUAAUACACUUAAAAAGCAAAUUACAUUAAAUUAUGACCAUUAUCACCAAGAAAUAGAUUUACAGUCUAACUAUAAAGAUUAGAAAACAGAUUUUUAAUUGCCAUUGCAAUAUAAAAUGGAAAAUUGGUUUAUAAAUACCCGGUGUUGCCAACUAAGAAGAGACAGCGCCCUCAUUAAUUUUCUUCUCUUUGUAAAAAGGCUGUAAAAAAUAGUAAUUGAUUACCAACCUAUUUUAAUGAUAAAUUACAUCAAAUUCAUGAAAAUAUUUUGCACUGAAUAAAUUGUUAUUCGAUUCGAUAUCUGAAAAAGAAAUUGUAUCUACCGUAAAAUUAGGCAAUUUUUGACGUUUGGGAGUGUGCAAAUAUUUUUUAAGAUAUGUUUUUACUGGACAUGAUUUAUAUGUAGUUACCUAGUUCAAAAUGCACAAAAUUACAGCGAAAAUUUGCGCAUAUUUUAAAUAUUUCAGUUCAAACAUUAAUUCGUUAUUGUUGUAUUUUUUUUACAUGGACAUAAUAAAUACCAAUAUUAUGUGCUUGAUGUUUACCAUUAGUUUUAUUUAUAUUAUAUACUUUAUUUAGUUUCAAAUACCUUGGGGUAUAAUUAUUUCAAUAUAUUAUAAUGAAGAUCUGUUAGUGUUAGUAAUGUAUAUAGAAUUCUAUGUAAAUAUAUUGUAUAAAAUGAAUAUAAUAAUUAAGUACAGCAUAUUAUUUAGCUUCUAAGGAAAUAAUAGAAUACUAAGGCCUUCACUGUGAAAGAUGUGUACAUUUAACACAAUCAAUUACACAUUUUUGUUUAUAACAUGUAUAUAGUUAGACGUAUAUCCAACCACGAUAGGUCAUUAUUUCAAGAUCUUUUAUUUGAAUCUUAUUCGCAAUGUCUACGAAAUGUCAAAAUCUGAAGUUUCAAAGUCUUCAUUGUAUACCUUUAGUAAGUAUUGCCUCUGUUAUUUAAUUUCAAUCUGUAUUGCAAAUUAAAUUAAUUACCAACUAGGUACCUACUUAUUUCGUGACAUUACUGUGCAGACUUUGAAAAUACUGUAUUAACUUUUCUAUGUAAAAAGAGUGAUGUAUGUGCUAAUCUUUUUAGAGAUUACCAGAUGUUAAUUUAUUCAGUAGUUAAUUACACUAUACACUGUACUUAGCUUGUGCGCAUAAAAUUAAUAAAAUUAUUGAGU